AGAAAAGUUUUCCGAUAUCGUUGCAUAAAUCUAAUGAAAAAUGUUCCCCCAUGGUUUGAAGCUCAUUCCGUUGAAGAAUCGCGUCAUGUGAUAUUGCCGCAGAUGUAUCCUUAUAAGAAUAAUGAACCAUCAAAAAGCCAUUGUGCAUUACGUGCAUCAAACACUCU